AUGAUACGCCUGAGGACUUUGGUCGUACCAAGCAAUGCGCAAGGACCACUGGAGAGGCAGGUUGUCAUCCGUAACAUCACAAAGCGUGACUGGGUGAUCAAAAUCAAAAGCGAUGCACCAAAAGCGAUGCAGUUCGACGCCGACAAGAUCGUCAUCGAUGCGAGGAAGUACGUCAUCGUCAAGAUGAAGUUCGACUUGAAAGAGAUUUCCGGCUACAAAACCGGCAUCUCGUCAAAGAUCUAUCUGUUCGCAAGACCGUUGACUCAAUACAACGAGGAAGGCCUACGAAUCUGGCUAACCAGGGAAAACAACGAAUUGGCUUGCCAGCUAGCCCACGUCGUUCAACUACUCGUCACCGAUCAGAUCUUCUCAGCUGAAAAGCUCGUGCUCGAUCUGCCCGGCCAUGCUACAGCAAUCGAUCCUGUACCGUUCGCUAUUGAUGAAGAUCUGGACAGCCGUUGUGAAACUGCUAUGGACAUCGAAGACGACACGAAUACCGCCAAACGUAUCGAUGACAAGCUACUCGAACAUGCAAGGUUGGUGAUUUGUCGAAAGCUCAAAAUGACGCCAGAAGAUCAGGAGAAGCUUAUGGUCAAGGUGAACAACUGGUUGGCGUGGGAUAAGAAUAAGAAGACCAGAGAAGAAAUCAAUGACUUUGCAAAAGCGUUGGAUUACGGGGCACUGGCCGCUCGAAUGAAUGGAAGGCUUCUCUUUGGUACAGCAGGUAUUCGAGCUCGUAUGGAAGGCGGAUUCGCUCGUUUGAAUGACCUAACGAUCCUCUUUGUUACGCGAGGCUUCGCAAAACAUGUGCUCGAAGCGAAUAAAGGCAAAGCAAUAACUGGAGUGGCGAUCGGUUACGAUGCUCGACACAACAGUAGGCGGUAA